AAGAAGAGCCGAAACCGCAGGCUCGCCCGCGCUGGCUCCGGCGGCCGCCCACCAUUUUCCCCUGCUCCCAAGACAGAGCCGCCGCGGAGCCACCGCCUCCCUUAAAAUUCGCCCAUGCCGCCGGCUACACCCUCACUCCGUUCAAGCCUAGUCCACCAUGUCCGCCCCCACCAAGCCCUUUCCCCUGCGCCUCGCCGUGCCGCUCGCCCUCGCGCUCCUCCUUGCCCUCGCAUUCGUCGCUGACUUCCUCGUCUCCUCCAAGACAGUAACCAACAUCUCAAUCGGAGUGCAGGUGAAGAGGAACAAUGCGAAGCGGGUGGGGAGCCUCAACGCGACGUACGCGGACCUACCGGCGCCGCGGUGGGACUGGGAGGAGAUGCCGGCGGCGCCCGUGCCCCGCCUCGACGGGGCGUCCGUGCAGAUCGGGGACCUCCUCUACGUCGUCGCCGGGUACGAGAGCCUCGACCAUGUCCAUUCUCAUGUGGAUGUGUACAAUUUUACCUCUAACACAUGGACUGAAAAGUUCGAUAUGCCCAAGGAGAUGUCAAAUUCACAUUUAGGAAUGGUGUCAGAUGGGAGAUACAUCUAUGCAGUAGCUGGACAAUUUGGUCCACAGUGUCGGCCAGCAGUAAACCGUAACUUUGUUCUAGACACAAAGACGAGAGAGUGGGGCAAACUGCCCCCUUUACCUGUUCCUAGGUAUGCACCAGCUACUCAAAUUUGGCGUGGCCGGCUUCAUGUGAUGGGUGGUGGCAAAGAAGACCGCCAUGAACCUGGAUUGGAGCACUGGAGCCUUGCUGUGAAGGAUGGCAGAGCAUUGGAGACUGAGUGGCGAUCUGAAAUACCCAUACCACGUGGUGGGCCUCAUAGGGCAUGUGUCGUUGCUAAUGACAAACUCUUUGUAAUUGGUGGUCAAGAGGGAGACUUCAUGCCUAAACCAGGAUCACCUAUUUUUAAAUGUGCAAGGAGGCAUGAGGUUGUGUAUGGUGAUGUGUAUAUGCUGGACAAUGGAGCUAAAUGGAGGCAACUGUCUCCAAUGCCAAAGCCAGAUUCCCACAUAGAGUUUGCAUGGGUCGUUGUUAAUAACUCGAUAAUAAUUGUCGGUGGAACUACCGAGAAGCACCCUCUCACCAAAAAGAUGAUUCUUGUUGGUGAAGUCUUCCUUUUUGAUUUAGAAAGAUUGAAAUGGUCAGUCAUUGGUCGGAUGCCUUUCCGGAUCAAGACAGCCUUGGCUGGUUACUUUAAUGGGUGGCUCUAUUUCACUUCUGGGCAGCGGGAUAGGGGACCUGAUAAUCCAACUCCGAAGAAAGUUGUUGGUUCUAUGUGGAGAACGAAACUGCACAUCUGAUGUGCAAUGUUUUAACAGAGAUUUAUGUACAUUCUUGACCUGGAAGUGAUCCCAUUUUCGAGCAGCUAGAGUUCGUACCGGCUGCUUUUCCCAUGUAAUUUGUUUUUUCAUUGUUGAACUUGUCUUCUGCUUCACUGUUCAGAUAUGAUUAUUUUGGAAACUUGCUUACAGUUUGAUAGUAUUUUAGCCUUCUAAGUACUGCUGCCUUAUGCAGAGUUUCUUACAGAGGUUUCAUGUAGAUCGUUGCUUAGGACCUAUCUCCAUAGUCUAGUUGCUAAGGUAUUCCCAGUUGUCCUUGUGAGCUAUUCUGUUUGGUUUUUAAUGUUGUUCACUUGUUAUGGUUCUCACGUUUGGGACCUGGAUUUUGGAGAUGUCUUCAAAUAACCCAAAGGCCAAAGCAACUCUUUGGAACAAUCUUGCCCUUCAGUAUCAACUACAAACUUUUGUGGAGAAUAUGUUCUUUGCUGGAAAUGUAGAUCAAUGAGUUAUAUGACCAAGUUUCCUCCUAGCUGUUACAAACCGAACGGUCUUGACUUUGCUUUUCCUGUUUCUUAGCUGCCUUCUACAAUUUGCUAUUGAAAAUGAAUCAUUGUGUGCCUUCCACAGUUUGCUAUUGGAAGCGAAUCACGAUUGCGCAGUUGGGCGAUGACACGCUGGCUGGACUCGAUGGUGACUUAGGCGUUAAACAAUGCCAGCGUGCAGAGGGCACUGUCACGCUAAACAAUGACUAGAUCACAUGGUGAGACCGACUGGCCUUAUCACCUUCAUUAGUAAAAUCUGACCCCUGUGCGACGUAUGAGGCCUGGUUUGCCGGUGGCCUGCGUCUGGACGGCCGGCGGGCGACGAGCCGUCGUUGUCGAUGCUGGGCAACCUGCGCGGUUACCAACUCCCACCGCAAAUGUGCCGAGUCCAUCUGCAAUUGUUGGUACAAAUCUGGUCGUGUGGAAUUAAAAAGUUGUAUGCAAGUUGCAUCGCAUAAAACUUACAUAAUCGAAUAUUCUACAGGGUUUUAAUUCCA